CGGCCAACAAACACGUACGCUAGCAAAAAAACGUCAAAAAGUGAGCGGAAUCGCGGAUUUUGGCAGUGUGUUUCACGGGUUGAAACCGACGAAACGACGUCACUUGAAAGCAGCCAACAAAUUGAAUGAUUGCGGCGUUUUUGUCCUUCUCGUUGGGUCAAUAAAGAUUCUUCUAUGAUUGGAUUCGAUUACCAGGUCUUUCAAUCGAAAAUAAUUAAACAAUUGUUGUUCCAUCGAGGUUUGUCAUUCACUAUUUCACCUGACGAGAUACCAGAAAACAAUAUCUGAGUGCGGGAUUAUUUUUGGAAAUAUUAUGUUCGAAUUGGCGUCGCCAAAAAUAUGCUCGCUCAAUUACUUAUUUUAUUAAUAAAUUGUGACAGUCAAUAGAUGAGGGUGUGUCUUCUCAGCAAAAUACGAUGCUGACCUAUUUAUCAAUAUUGGAGCAGGGGAUUUGAUUUCCAACUGGUACCGACCAUGGAUUCAUGGCAUGAGCCUGAUUCAAUAGCUCGGAUAACCAUGCCAAUAUGGCGGUGUUGAUGCGUCGUCUAUUCGUAGACGCCCAAGUAAAGCUUCGCAGAAUGGUAGAAGAAAACUCGUCAGACUUGACGUCUCGGAUAGAAUCCGAUUACCCCCCUACCACGAUCGCCCAAAUAUCCAGUCCCAUCCGCUCGACCCACGACCUCAAACCCACAGAACCCACCACCAAAACCCCUUCGACCACCCAACAAGAAAUCACCAUCACCUUCAUCGACGAUGCGAAGCUCAGGAACACCGACGCAGACAGCAGAGACCUGAACGCCAACAAGUCUUCUCCCAACGACGCCAAAAGGACCAAAUCCUUGUCCAUGGAGGUGAUCGAAGAGCCCAGCAAGAAGGAGCUGAGGAAGACCAAGUCGAACUCCGUGCGGAGCGAAGAUUCGGAAGUGGAUAAAGAGAGGGCUGUGGACGCUGCUAAAGAGAUCGAGGUGGCGCUGGACGCGAGUCUAGGAGGAUUGAAAGACAGUCGGUCAUCGCUGGAAACGCGAUCCGAUUCGCCCAAGCCAGGAUGUAGCAGCCAGCCUGAUAAUAUAGACUCUUCAUCGCCACCAUCCCAAAGAAGCUCGGACGACAACCAGGAUGAUCUUUCAGCUCUGCUACCCUCCCCUUCUAACUAUUCCAAGUCCCUGACGACCAUCCGCAGGGUGAGGCAAGAAAACGAACGUCUGCAGGCAGAAGUGACGAGGCUGAAGCGACUGGUCGUCUCUGGUGCUACUUCUGUCCUGUCAGAGAAGAAGUCGGUCGGUGCUAUCGAUGGGGAACCGACUGAAGCUCAGGCACUAGAGAUGGAGUUGCUGUUGGCCAAAGAAGCUCUAGCUACCCUCAAAGCAGACAAACGACGACUGAAAGCGGAAAAAUUCGAUCUUCUAAACCAAAUGAAACAGUUGUAUCUGACGCUGGAAGAUAAGGAGAAGGAGCUGAGAGAUUUCAUCAGAAGCUAUGGCCAGCGGACGAGAGAUAACGAGACGUCAUUUCAGCAGCUGUCGACUGAACGGGAAGAGAGGGAAAGAGAGAGAUGGAACCUUUUGAGACACGCCAGAGAUGAAGCUGAAAGGAGUCUGUCAUUGGCAGCUCAAUUGAACGCGAAGGAAAUUCAGCUGCAACAAGCUCAAGAGCAGCUACAAGAAGCCAGACGUCAGCUGGCCUCCAGCGGCUGCCUCUCCGACCAGGAAUCGCUCGCCUCGCUGCCCCGCUGCCACGCGGGCGGCGCGCUGACCCCCAGCUCGGGCGGCCUGCUGGGCACGCCGUCUGCGCACGCGCUCGGGCAGCUGCCGGCCGGCGACCGCGGCAGCUGCAGCGCCGACUCGGGCGUGCGCGUCAGCUCGGACAGGGAGAGCGGGGGCGGCACUUCGGCGGCGGGCAACCUGUCGGACUCGACGACCGAGGGCGGGGGCGGGGGGCGGGAGGUGGACGCGGUGUCGAUGGUGUCGUCGGUGGUGGGGACGCAGCAGCACGUCUACCAAACUUCGAAUAAAGACUGCAGCCCAACGCUGUCACCACUGAAUUGUAACACUUUCUCAAGAUCAGCUGAUCCAGUAAAUUUAUCAAGAUCUGUGGAACAACUGAGUUCGCCUAUGGAACCAGAACCAAUUACUGUAAAUAAACGAAGUAAACAGUCAGUUAGGUCUAGUCGUGGUGGUACAUGGGGAAGUAUUUCCAGAGUGUUCGCCAGAUCGAGACAUAGGAAUAAAUCGAAUUCGCUACAAGAAACACCGGAGAAUUAUGAACAAUUUCGAAGUUGGUCACCGCUGACAGAAGAAGGAUAUGCCGAAAAACUGAGAUUACUCAGAGAAGCCGGCAGCAUACCUAUGGACAGAUGGAGAGCAUCCACAGUCUUGGCUUGGUUAGAAAUAGCUCUAGGAAUGUCGCAAUAUGGUGUGCGUUGUGCGGAAAAUAUCAAAAGUGGAAAGAUUGGUCCUUUGCACGGUCAGGUCCUGUUAGAGCUGAGCGACCUCGAGCUGGAGUGCGGCCUCGGUCUAACCCACCCCAUGCACAGAAAAAAAAUAAGGCUGGCCAUCGAGGAGCACCGCAACCCAGCCAUGAUCAGGUACCCGGGCAUCGCCCAGCUGGGCCACACCUGGGUGUGCGGCGAGUGGCUGCCCGAUCUGGGGCUGUCGCAGUAUUCAGAAAACUUUGCUGUUAAUAUGGUUGAUGCCAGAAUGUUGGAACAUUUGAGCAAGAAGGAGCUAGAGAAAUAUUUAGCAGUUACUAGGAAGUUCCAUCAAGCUUCCAUAGUGCAUGGCAUUCACUUAUUACGAAUAAUGAAAUAUGAUAGACAGGCGCUGGCUCUUCGAAGACAUCAAUGUGAAAAUGUGGAUGCCGAUCCAUUAGUUUGGACAAAUCAAAGAUUCAUAAGGUGGGCCAGAAGUAUCGAUUUGGCUGAAUACGCUGAAAAUCUUAAAGACAGUGGUGUUCACGGAGGGUUGGUUGUGUUGGAGCCGUCAUUCAAUGGUGACACGAUGGCUACUGCCCUAGGGAUCCCCGCUAGUAAAAAUAUCAUCCGAAGACAUCUGACAGCCGAACUAGAAUCGCUAGUACUACCAGCAAGAUCCACACUAGAGCACUAUGUUCGGGUUAGGGGCAAAUCGAGAGUUAUUGGAGGUUCGCUAGGACGCAACUUCUCCAAAUCGCAAGUUGGCACCAAUGGAACUUCGGGGAAUAGAGAAGCGUUCAACAAGGAUACCUUGAGAAAAUCUAAAGUACGUGUAAGUUGCUAGAUUGGAACAUAAUUGGAGCAGCGAGUAUGUACCAACAGACUACCUGAUCAUAGUUAUGUAAUUUUUUUUGGAUAGGAGAAAUAUAUAUCGAAGACUGGAACCUUUGGCACGAUAAUACACUACACACUGGUUUACCACUAACCAAACCGAUUUUUCACGCCCCAACACGUAUUUCGCUAACUAUGUUAGCCAUUUUUCCUCGAAGUUAACCACACAAACCGGGCCAACAAUGAGUUAACCAAUCAAUUUUCCUCGAAUUGUAUUCCAAACUAUGACGUAAUAGUUAACCAACCAUACAAACCAGCGCACUGAGGUAGUUCACGGAGUAGUUAAGGCUUUUGAUUGGCCACUGGAUUGGGCUCUUGUUGUUGUUAUAAUCUGAAAUUAUAUAAUUGUUAGGAAAAAAUAAUUAUACUUCUUAAAGAGAUAAUUAUAUGGAUUCAUACGAAGUAUUUUUCAAUGAAAGAUCUCAUCAUAUUGAUGAAAAUAAAUAUUUGAUUCAUUGUAAAUAUGUGUACGCAGCGAAUUGUUGUAGUAGGUAAGCAUUGAUAUAUUUUUUUCACAGAUGAUGAAUUUCUCAUUCAAUAUAUCAGUAUUACUACUAGAAUCAAACAAUAAACAAAAACAGCUAAUAAACUAACAUCUGUCAAGCUUCAAAAGUAAACCGUGACGUCAUGAUAAGGCUACCGUGACGUCAUCAUAAAGUUGACCUGGUUUGUCUGGUUAGAUUCGAGAAAAAAUUACUUAAGUA